AUGCUUGAAGAGUCGGAGUCGAGGCCAAAACUGCAGUCUGACCCGUCCAUGAACUGUCUCAGGCCUACAUCACAGAUAUCACAGGAUAUUUCUCAUGUGUUGACGAGCAUUUUCAAGGAUCUCUACACAUCAGAAACUACUGGGAAAGACACUUUAUCCAGUCUCACCAAGACAAGGAGUGGACGAAGUGACUACCAUGACAGAUAUGUUGAGGAGCUCCAGCAGGCCCACGCUGAAUACAACCGGCGUAUUAAAGAGGCAGAUAUGCUGGAGGACCAUAUAAUUCAAGCCAGAGUCCAGGCCACAGCCACAGAAACACAGGCCUAUGAGAGAAUUAUAGAGGAGAUGGGAGAGGCCGAGGAUGCCCUGGCUCUCCAACCAGUAAAAUCCAAUCCUGCCAGGCCCACCUUCUCUUACAACAUGCACGUGUCCAAGGAGCCUCGGGAUGAUGGUUAUACGCUGAUACCCAGCCCAGAGAAGACCAUCCAAAACCUGACGGAGGGAUCAGAGUGCAGCCUGACCCUGGAAUCCAGCUCUGAUAGUAAGACAAAGAUGAAGAAGAAGAAAAAAAUACCCAGCGAGGUGCAUCCCAGGCCGAAGUGGAUGGGAGAGCCAAGCGCAGAGGAUCGGGAAGAGGGGAAGAACAAACUUCAGAGGAUGAAAGAACGACAAAGCUUCCUGUGCAAUCCCCGCUUCCUUCCUCCAAGUGCACCACAGGGUGGCAAAUCCCUCAUCUGGCCCAGGAGCAAAGUGGAGAAGACGGCACAGGGGAGGAAAAUGUUAGAGGAGCAGAGCUCCACUGAUGAACCCAUUCCAGUCUUUGUAGCUAAUCCCUCAGUAAUAUUCUUCACUGGCUACACUGCGGGACAUGUGUAUGAGACCACACUGGAGCUGAAAAACCUGACUGCUGUGAGCCGACAUGUCCGAGUCAUCCCUCCCACCACUCCUUAUUUCUCCAUCGGCCUGGGGAGAUUCCCUGGCGAGGGCAGUGUCGUGGCCCCAGGGAUGAGCUGCAAAUACACAGUGCGCUUCGCUCCAGACUCCCUGGCAGACUACAAGGACUUUGUAAUGGUGGAGACCCAGGCUCAGCAACCACUCCUGGUGCCCAUCGAGGCCCGACGGCCCCCUCCAAUACUCACCUUACCUCGGGUUCUGGAGUGUGGGUAUUGUCUGAUAGGAGGAGUGAAGUUUGUUGAGUUCCUGUGCCAUAAUCACGGCCUCAGUACUGGAACCUUCUGCAUCAUCCCCAAGAACAAGUGGCCAACCUCGAACCUGCGGUCUGUAGUAACAACUUACUUUACUGAACAGCCGCCAUUUGCAGUAAGUCCGUCACUCUUUGUGCUGCAGCCUGGGCAGGCCACAGUGGUAGAGGUAGCUUUCUUUCCUACUGCUGCUGAGAGGUUCAGCCAGGUUUUCACAAUUAUAUGUAACAACUGCCAAGUGAAAGACAUUGUCGUUCAAGGUGAGGGCCAGUCAAUUGCUCUUGAGCUUGUGUCUGUGUCUGGUGUGAAAGAUCCUCCUGCUAUAGGGGAGAUGCACGACCUUACAGCAGAGCACUUUGUACGAUUCGGCUCAAUUAACCCUUACUCUGUCCAGCAGAAGAAGCUUGUCAUUAGAAACACCGCCCACUUGGAGCUGCCGUUCCACUGGCAGAUCAUGAAGCCCAACCUGCAGCCUCUGCUGCCAGGGGAAGCCCCAGACCCGUCCCAUAUCCAGUUCCACCUGGCCACAGAUGAUGUUUUCCAUGUCAGCCCCCUAACAGGCCUCCUGGCCCCCUGCCAGGACCAGGAGUUCCUGUUCACCUUCUGUCCUAAUGAGUUAAAGGAUUAUCACAGUGUCUGUCACCUGGUCCUGAGGGACAUCCCACAGCUGCCAGCCGAAUCCAGUGAGAAUGGUGCCUCUCAACCUCUGAGUGCAGCCUCCAAGCUGAAUGAUGUCAUCGUCAUGGAAAUAGAGGUCAAGGGGUCAACAGAGCCCUACCAAAUCCUACUGGAGCCCUACGCUAUACACAUCCCUGGAGAGCUUUUCAUCGGCACAACCGCCCGCAACAAAUUCAAGAUGUGGAACCACAGCAAAUCCUGUAUAUUCUUUCAAUGGGAGAGGAUAAGCAGCUGCCACAUAAUAGAAGUGGAGCCCUCUACUGGUGAAUUAGAGGUGAAUGAAUGUUUUGAUUUUGACCUGGUGGUGACUGGAGGGAAACCAGGGAGGGUUGUGACCAGCCUGUCGUGCCACGUAGAGCACCACAACAAGCCAGUCACUCUGGCUGUGGAAGUCUCCUUCAAAGGUCCUAAAGUGACCCUCAGUGUGCCCAGCCUGGACCUGGGGCUCCUGAGUCUGGGGGAGCAGACUCAGACUACAGUGCUCCUGACCAACACGUCCCAGCUGGAGGCCUGCUGGAUGCUGGAAGAGAGGAGCAACAGUCAGCAGGAUCAACACCUCCCACAGAUCCUGGUGGAGCCAUGUAGAGGUGUGCUGCCCCCUUUGGCCUCUUGCAGUGUGGAUGUGCUGUUCAGAGCACAUUCCUGCCAGCACUUUGACACAGUGCUGGAGCUGUCUGUGGAGAAUGGCACUGGAUGUCAUGUGUCGGUACAAGCAGAUGUCCAGGCCCCUCAGGUGUGUCUGCUGAGCUGUGAGCUGGUCUUCUCCGAAAUCUACAUGGGGGUUCCUGCCAAAGGUGUUGUCACUCUUUUCAAUCAGACCCUGCUGCCUGCCCACUUCACCUGGAUGGCCCAGCUCCAGGGUAAACAAGCGUCACUGUGUACAGCUAGUUUUGACCCUUCAUCUGGUACCCUGGGACCGAAUGCCAGCAUGGAGAUCACAGUUAGCUUCACCUCUCACACAGAUCUGGAGCUGACUGAGGUGGCAGCUCUCUGCGAGGUCCAGGGGAUGAAGUCUCCUGUUGUUCUUGGCUUCUAUUCCAAAGCUAAGAAGCUCAGCGUGUCUUACUCGCUGCCCAGUGUCUGCUCUGCCUCAGAUGAUCAGAACUGCUCAUCAAUGGUAAUCGACUUUGGAGAUGACGUCAUUUUGAAGAGAGCCGUUACCAGGCAGUUAUUGAUAGCCAAUCUCACCGCUAUCCUUGCCCCUUUCACAGUAGAGGUGGAGUAUUUCACUAGCCAUACUCCCUCUGCCUCAAAACCAAAUAACCAGUCACAGAAAAGAUUCACAUACAUGAAGAAACCUCUUCACUCUGUUCAGGCAAAGAAAAUAGAAGAGAGAGCACAUGAGGAGUUUGUGAGCAGCUUGCUGGCUCAUGGAAAAGGUGCGGCGUUCUUUGUUGUGCCAGACUCUGGGAUGCUGGGACCGUUUGAGAGCCAGACUAUAAGCAUCACUGCCUACGCUGACAUGUGGGGAGAAUACAGAGAUCAUCUCAUAUGCAAAGUGGGUGACCUUGCACCCAGGCUCAUUCCUAUGCAGAUGACAGUGAAAGGCUGCCCACUUUACUUCCCGACGAUGGGUCCACGUCCACACGACCAGAACCAGGCACCAACCGUACAGUUUGGCACUCAUUUAUCGGGAGGAGACACAGUGUCCCGUUCGCUUCGCAUCAACAACACCAGCCCAUAUGAUAUUCGUGUAGACUGGGAGUCCUAUAACAUAGACGAAAACGACAAGAAGCUAUUGGAUGUUGUGGUGGCAUACGGGGAUGCCUUUCCCCUUAAGGACGCUGAUGGCAAUGAGGUGCCCGGUGGAGCAUUAAGGCUAUCUGAUGAGAACAUUCAGCCAGCCUGGGACAGGAGCCACACCCCCAGCUCCGAGGGAACAUGCUCUUCCCUACAAAGCAAGAAUGACGCAGACGGGGAGGAAUCCACAACAGAGGAAGAAAAUGCAGAUGAGGAAACCAGUCUUUAUCCUUUCCAUCCACAGAAAAAGCUUUUCAAUGUCCAUAUCAGACCUCACAUAGGCAACCUCUCAGACUACCCCUACUGCAUCACACCACAGCAAAUAGUGAUUCCAGCGAAGGGCAGUAGCACUGUUCAUGUGUCUUUCACCCCUUUGACACUGUCAGGGCCAGUCUGUGAGACCAGAUGUGUGGGCUUGGCUCUGGGCUUCAUGAGUCUAGACUCUAAGAUGGCUGCCUGUGUCCCAGGUAAAGUUAGAAGGCCUCAAGCUUUGGAUUUAGAGCCUGUCAGAAUCGAUCUGCAAGCAGUUGUUAAGCCUGCAGUGCUGUCAGUGCAGAUGGAGGAGGACGAGGGAGUGCUGGAGUUUCAUGCCUCAGCCAGUGAUUUACAGAGAGGAGACUCAGAGAAGGGGCUGCUGGUGCAGGACUUUGACGUCACUCAGACCUUUCAGCUGAAGAACACCUUAGAGAUGCCCCUUCACUUCAGACUGGCUGCUCAGCCUCCAUUUUUUGUGCUCCAUCCUCAACCCCGAGCUCGGACCAGCAGCUCCAGCAACCCACCCACUAGUGACAGUCAACCCCUGGUGAUCCAAGCACAACAGAGCAUGCAGGUGAAGGUGGCUUUCUGCUGCUCCCUGUCCCUUCUAGACCAUGUUGGCCAAGCAGAACAGGAAGUGCCGCCCGCAGUGACACUGGUUCAUGGUGCAAGUGGGCAGCAGAAACUGAAAUUCAAACAGAACCUUCUCAUUCACUACAGCAACAACACCCUACAGAGGGUGCCUCUCUGUGCCCAUCUGGAUCUCGCUUCCCUGUGUCUGUCCACUGACAGCAUCGACUUUGGGACUUGCUAUGUGGGGCAGACCCAGAUUGCAGAAGUAAGCCUCCACAGCUGUGGGGCCCAUAGCUACUGGAGAACAGUCAUAGAGUCAGAUGACAGAGACUCCCAUGUGUUCAGAGUGACACCAGACUGUGGGCUCCCUGGGUCCCAGGGGCACCCUAACACCCGCUGCAGACAGCCUCUACAGAUCAGCUUCACUGCCAGUGAGGAGAGAGAGUUCACAGCCACGGUGAUAGUCCAGGCUGUCCUGGUGAAGACGCCCCUCACUCUGCAGCUCCAGGGCAGAGGCUCCUUAUGUGAAGUGCACAGGUCAAGCCAGGUUUCCUCAUGACUGACCUGUACGAGCUCCCAACCAUAAUGACCACCUGCUGUUUUAUCGGUCCAUUUUAAUCUAUUUAUUUGAAAUACUUUUGUAUAACUUCAAACUAUAACUGAAGGAUAACAGUUUCAUAUAAAUACAUGUCAAUAAA